AAAACAGCAAACUAACCUCUAUCUAUCAGAUUGACAUUUGUUGUAUGGCAUUUGAUUUGAUGAUAUUAUUUUUUUUGCGAAAAAUGUAUGCUUAUGGUCAAAAUAGAUCCUGAUUUUCUGUAAGUCUCGAAGCUAGACUUUAUUAUUAUCAGUUAAUUAUCGCUGAUAACAGUAAGUCCUAGACUAAACGUUUAUAUCGUCUUAGCUAGAUUAUGUCGCCAAGCAUGGAAGACGAACGUGUUCCUGAGAAUGGGUCCAAAGCCCAUUUAUGUGGAGACUAUGAAAAUGUGGAUAAAAAGAAGAAAAUAAGGAAACGUGGCAUAAUCUAUUUAUCCACUAUCCCUCCGUAUAUGAAUGUUGCGAAAAUACGUGAAAUUUUUAGUCAAUUUGGGGAAGUGGGCAGAAUAUAUUUGCAACUUAAUAAGAAACCUGCUGAAAAGCGCAAGAAUCUUCCAAAUAAAUUUACUGAAGGUUGGGUGGAAUUUCAAAAAAAGAAAGUUGCUAAGGAAGUUGCUGUAAAGUUGAACAACACUAAAAUAGGUACACGGAAGAAAUCACGCUAUUAUGAUAUGAUAUGGAACAUCAAAUACAUUCCAAGAUUUAAGUGGAUUCAUCUUAGUGAAAGGCUUGCUUAUGAGAAAGCAGCAUAUAAACAAAGAUUACGAGCUGAAAUAUCACAAGCCAAGAAGGAAGCACAUUUCUUACAAAGUAAUAUAGAGAAGAGUAAAAAAAUGAAAAAAAGGAAGUCCAAUAACAUAUAGUUAAAAAUAAAUAAAAUGUUUUCCAUUACUG